UAGCAAUUUCUGUGAAAAAUUUACCAAAACACAUUUGCAUGCCAGGAUAAAGGAAUUUCAUAUUCUGGAAAAGUCUGUUGCUUCUCAUUUGUUCCGGGUGACCCCUCUGCGUGGAGACAAUUUUCAAGGUGAAAGUACCUGCCAAGAUGCUCCACUUGCAGAGUCCACAGAUGCUGCAGAUGCUAAAAAAAUCCUUGUGGAAGAGCCUCCCUGAGUCCUUAAAGGUUUAUGGGACCGUCUUCCACAUGACUCAAGGAAACCCAUUCAAGCUAAAGGCCCUGGUGGACAAGUGGCCUGAUUUUAAUACAGUGGUUAUCCGCCCUCAGGAGCAGGAGAUGACAGAUGAUCUUGAUCACUACACCAAUUCUUAUCAAAUCUACUCCAAGGACCCCAAGAACUGUCAGGAAUUCCUCGGCUUACCAGAAGUCAUCAACUGGAAACAACAUUUGCAGAUUCAAAGUUCACAGUCCAGCCUGGAUGAGGUGAUAGAAAAUCUUGUAGCUAUUAAAUUGGGCAAGGUCAAGCGAACACAAUGCCUUCUCUAUAUGGUGUCUGAGACAACAAAAAAAUUGGCUCAUUCCAUGCAGGAUUCAAAGAACUUAUCACCCAAUGGUGGCAACCACAAGUCCAUCAACCAAAAGACAUUAAAACUCUCAUCCCUGGACGUUACCCACGCUGCCUUGGUGAAUAAAUUUUGGUCCUUCGGUGGCAAUGAGAGGAGCCAGAGAUUCAUUGAACACUGUAUCCAGACCUUCCCCACCUUCUGUCUCCUGGGGCCUGAGGGGAACCCUGUGUCUUGGUGCCUGAUGGACCAGACAGGAGAGAUUCGGAUGGGAGGCACAGUGCCUGAGUACCGGGCCCAGGGCCUUGUCUCCCAAGUCGUCUGUGCCCAGAUCCGUGCUAUGGACAAACUUGGCUUCCCCAUGUAUUCCCAUGUGGAUAGGGCCAACCACAUUAUGCAAAGAGUGAACUUCAACCUGAAGAGCAUCUCCUUGCCCUGUGAUUGGAACCAGUGGAACUGCGUGCCUCUGUGAAGCAGCCCUUAACACAACACAGUGUUGAGUAGAAUGGGCAUGUGACUAGGGGAACAGAUGGGUGGAUGGAGAGAAAGAAUAAAUUGUAAUCAGUGGUAA